AAAAGAAGACUGCCUUUAAAAGCAGAUUAAAACAGGAUGCACAUCUCAUUUUAGUUGAAAUCAUCCACGCACACACUGUGUUUUGGACUAUGGCUUCCACCACAGCAGUUGAUGUCCUGCCUUCAGGGGGCAGGAUCUUUGUCUCUAUUCCUGACAUUUUCUACAUCCCUGAGUUUGUUUUUGGAGGUUUGGUGUGGAUCCUGGUGGCAUCAACUCGAGUCUUUCCAGACAACCCGUUGGGCUGGGUGAUGUUCGUUUCCGUCUUCUGCUUCGUACUGACGACACUCUGGUUCUUGAUUUUUCUCUGCGGAGCCAAUCAGAGCAGCAUCUGGCCCGCUCUGGAUGUGGCCUUCCACUUUGUGGCGGCGGUUUUCUACCUCAGUGCAUUGGUGGAUUUGGCUUAUAUCACCGUUCUGAAAGGGUGGGGCAUAACCAUUGUGUCCGGUACAGUUGUUUCUACGAGUCUAUCAUUUGCGGGAAACCUCAAAAUCUACCGCCUGGAUAUUGCUGCAGUGGUGAUGUGCUCCAUAGCCACUCUUCUCUACUUCCUCCAUGCCAUCUUCUCUGCCAUCCGAUGGAGAAGAUCUUAACAGACCUGCAACAGGAACACCAAACAACCAGCUGAUCUGUCUUGGACUUAACAUGGAAUAAUCUUUAUAUUUUUUGUACCUUUAUUUACCUAUCAACAAGAUGAACACUCUUAUUCCUAGUACCUAAACAUCAAAUGAAUAAAUGAGUGCAACAAAUCAAGUUAUUGACAACUUUAACUUGUUAUUGCAUUGUUGGGCUUGAAAGGCCCAUUUUUACCCUUUAAUUUAGUUUUAUUCUUUAACACUUAAGUCACAAAGGAUACAAAUAAGAGAUAUGAGUAAAAGUACACUUAGUCAAGAAAUAUCAUUAAUUAAGAAAGGGAGACAGAAAUGUAAAUAACUAAUUAUACCCUUAACCCUAUUAAAUACUAUGGCACACAAAGUCCAUUAUGAUAUUUUUACAUAAAUAUUUAAGAGCCCAACGUUAAAUUAGAUUUCUUAUUUUACUAAAAACAGACAGGCCUUAAAAGGCCAUUUUGUCCAAAAAAAGUUUAUAUUUUGUUACAGAACAUGCUAUCAUCAUUUCAAACAAAGUUUACUCAAUGAAAAAAUGCUCACACCUUUUCUGAUAUAUUUCUGCAACCCUCUUAACAUUUUUGCAAACGUUUCAUUUUUUUGACAUUUAUUUGCACCCCAGAAAUUCCACCCAUUAUUGUCAAAGCACCUGGUUUGUCCAUGAAGGAUUUUUUUUUAUAUAAUUUACAAAAAAAGAAAAAAAUGUUUUCAUGGUUUGGUACUAAAUUGGUAAAAAAGGGAAAAGGGAAGGGAGGAGAGGUAAUUAGUUAACUUGCACUCUAAUUGCAACUUUAUUGAUUUGUAUUUCUAUAACACCUCGUUUCCAUGUAUGUAUGGUUAUGUAAGUAGGUAAGCCAACAGGAAGUCAAUUCAUCCCUAUGGGAAUCUCAGUGAAGUCCGACAUGCAUGUGAAACUCCUGCCCUCUGUAAUAUUUUUGCCCGGAAGAUGCUGCAAGUAUGACGAAAAAAUUGGAGUCGAUUUCGGAGUGACCAUAUGGCAGUGUGCUAGCUGACCAAGAUGCAACUAGAUAACAGGCCUAGACAAGCCACAUUUAUCAGCUUGACAUGAAAUUCAGUCAUAUUAACCACUUUGAUAGGAGAAAUGUAAGGAUUUAUCAGUUGAUAUGAAGUGCUGUAAGUUUGUUUUCAGAUAUAUUUAAACAUUUGAAGUAAAAAGUAAGGAAGGGGUCAGUAGAUUAAAAAACAGGUUAUUCAAGAUAUAGACGAACACUGAAUGGCUCAACAAGUUAGCUGAGCAAAGCCUGUUUGGCUAUUCAUAUGUCCGUAUAUGAAAUAUAUGCAGCUUUCCUGGUUGGCCUACUUCUUCCACUAUAUCUUGUUAUGCGGUAUUAAUCCUAUUUUAUCUCAGUAAUUCCAAUGACAUCCUCUCCCCAAUGGCUACAGGUAGUUUAUCAGAUUUUAAUCCAUCCUUUAAAAAAAUGAAGUUCCUUGUGUUG